UCUGGGUAGAGAGGGUUCAUUCUGAUCUCCAGCAUGCUGUGCCCAUGGCUCCCUGGAGGCUUCCACAUGGCAGUUCUGAUGGUGCUGCUGAUGGUGCUGAGCCCGCCUGUGGCUUUGACCUGGGACCUUCAACCGCGGUUCCUGGAACAACAUAUAGGCGAGUGUCACUUCCUCAACGGCACGCAGCGGGUGCGCUUACUGGAGAGAUUCUUCUACAACGGGGCGGAGUACGCGCGAUUCGACAGCGACGUCGGGGAGUUCCGCGCGGUGACCGAGCUGGGGCGGCCCGACGCCGAGUACUGGAACAGGCAGCAGGACCUCCUGGAGGACAGGCGGGCGGCGGUGGACACCUACUGCAGACACAACUACGGGGUUUUCGAAGGCUUCACCGUGCAGCGCGAAGUUAAGCCUAUGGUGACUGUGUACCCCACAAAGUCUGAACCCCUGCAGCACCACAACCUCCUGGUGUGCGCUGUGCAUGGAUUCUACCCAGGCAACAUUGAAGUCAGAUGGCUCCGCAAUGGCCACAAAGAGGAGGCUGGGGUAGUGUCCACAGGCCUGGUCUACAAUGGAGACUGGACCUUCCAGAUCAUGGUGAUGCUGGAGAUAACCCCCCAACAGGGGGACGUCUACACCUGCCACGUGGAGCACCCCAGCCUGGACGGUCCUGUCACCGUGCAGUGGAAGCCCCAAUCUGGAUCUGCGCAGGGCAAGAUGAUGAGUGGAGUUGGGGGCUUUGUGCUGGGGCUGCUCUUCCUGGGUGCAGGGCUGUUCAUCUACCACAGGAACUCAAAAGGAAACUCUGGACUUCAGCCAGCAGGACUCCUGAGCUGAAGUGAAGGUGGACAGCUGGGAAGGAAGGACCUCUGCCCCUACCUCUCCUCAUGAAAUUGCUCCAGCAGAUUGUAUCCCACUCAGCCCUUGUCCCUGAGCAAAGCCCCAGGACAGACCGCAAGAUCUGCCCUGCACUCUCUCCUGGCCCCUUUGCAUUCAAACCUUCUGCUCCUCGCCGCCCCCACCCCAACUGGCCUUGUAUCACAAUACUUUGUUUUAUAUUUUUUCUCAAAUAAACAUGGAGUGAAAAAUCUUA